UCUCCCUCUCUCCCCCGUCUCUAGAACUGGUGAGCAUUGUCCUUGGGUGAGGAUAAAAAAACAGUUACUGCAAAAUCCAUGUAGGAUACUGUAGAUGAACAGGUUUUCAAAAAAUUAGUAUGAUAGCCUUUCUGGCGCUGAUACCUCCCCAUAACAACACGCCUCUCACUAAGGAUCUCCUUCAUCCCUCUCCAGAAGAGAAGAAACACAAGAAAAAGCUCCUGGUGCAGAGCCCCAAUUCCUACUCCAUGGGUGUGAAAUGCCCACAAUGCUAUAAAACCACCACUGUCUUUAGCCAUGCACAGACGGUAGUUUUAUGUGUUGGCUGCUCCACCGUCUUCUGUCAGCCUACAGGAGGAAAAGCAAGGCUGACAGAAGGCUGCUCCUUCAGAUAGGAGCAGCACUAAAAGCACCCUGAAUCAAGAUGAGUGGGGAACCAUCCCAAUGAACACAUUUUGGAGUAAAAAAAAAAAAA